AAACAGGGAGUAGACUCGUGCCACAUAGUCUACUGCACCCUCAAAAACGUACUUUUUUUUGUUCGUAGCCUACCCAAAUAAGUACAUACCAGCCAGACUCUAUUGGCAAUGUUUUGAAUUACAUUCGAAGACCCACCUCUCUUGACUGACCACCUUCGGUCAUUUCCAUCAACAUGGCAGGAAAGAUCUCCAAAGACGAGCUGGAGGAGCUGCGAGAGGCGUUUGGCAAAAUUGACCUCGAUGGCAAUGGGUCCAUCUGCGACUAUGAGCUCCAUGAACUGUUCAAGGAGGCCAACCUUCCCCUGCCUGGCUACAAAGUCAGGGAGAUCAUUCAGAAGCUGGAUCGCAACAAGGACAACAAGAUCAGCUUUGAUGAGUUUCUGUCGAUAUUCCAGGAGUUGAAGAGCAGUGACAUUGCCAAAAGCUUUCGCAAGGCCAUUAACAGGAAGGAGGGGAUCCUGGCCAUUGGGGGGACAUCUACGCAGUCCAGCGAGGGCACGCAACACUCCUUCUCUGAGGAGGAGCGGUACGCGUUUGUUAACUGGCUCAACACAGCGCUGGAGAAUGACCCUGACUGCAAGCACGCCCUGCCCAUGGACCCCAACUCAGACUCCCUCUUCAAGGCCAUGGGCGACGGCAUCGUUCUCUGUAAAAUGAUCAACCUGUCGGUGCCAGACACGAUUGACGAGAGGACCAUAAACAAGAAGAAGCUGACACCAUUCACAAUACAGGAGAAUCUGAACCUGGCUCUGAACUCGGCCUCUGCCAUUGGCUGCCACGUGGUGAACAUCGGGGCUCUGGACCUAAGGGAGGGGAAGCCCCACCUGGUGCUGGGCCUGCUGUGGCAGAUCAUCAAGAUCGGCCUUUUUGCUGACAUUGAGCUCAGCAGAAAUGAAGCCCUGGCUGCUCUGCUGAGAGAUGGAGAGACCCUGGAGGACCUGAUGAAGCUGUCUCCAGAGGAGCUGCUGUUGCGCUGGGCUAACUUUCAUCUGGAGAACGCUGGCUGGCAGAAGAUCAAUAACUUCAGCUCCGACAUCAAGGACUCCAGAGCCUAUUUCCACCUUCUCAACCAAAUCUCCCCCAAAGGCACAGAGGAAGAUCAACCACGCAUAGACAUCAGCAUGGCAGGCUUCAGUGAGAAGGAUGACCUGAAAAGGGCAGAGAACAUGCUUCAGCAGGCUGACAGGCUGGGCUGUCGACAGUUUGUCACCCCAGCCGACGUCAUCGCCGGCAACCCCAAACUCAACCUGGCCUUUGUGGCCAAUCUCUUCAACAAGUACCCAUCUCUCACCAAGCCUGAGGGAGAGGACAUCGAUUGGGGGCUGCUGGAAGGUGAGACACGAGAAGAAAGAACAUUCCGGAACUGGAUGAAUUCCCUGGGUGUGAACCCACAUGUCAAUCAUCUGUAUGGAGAUCUAGCGGACGCGUUGGUCAUCCUUCAACUUUAUGAAAAGAUCAAAGUGCCCGUCGACUGGACCAACAAAGUCAACAAACCACCAUAUCCCAAGAUUGGGACAAACAUGAAAAAGUUGGAGAACUGCAACUAUGCGGUGGAGCUGGGGAAGACGACGGCGAAGUUCUCUCUCGUUGGCAUCGGUGGGCAGGACCUGAACGAUGGCAAUGCCACCCUGACGCUGGCCCUGGUGUGGCAGCUGAUGAGGAGAUAUACGCUGAAUGUACUGGAGGACUUAGGAGAUGGACAAAAAGCUAAUGAUGACAUCAUUGUUAAAUGGGUCAAUACAACAUUGUCAGAGGCAGGGAAAACAACCAAGAUCUCAAGCUUCAAGGACAAGGAGAUCAGCACCAGUUUACCAGUGGUGGACCUGAUUGAUGCCAUCCAACCUGGCAGCAUCAGCUACGACCUGGUCAAGACUGGUAGCCUCUCAGCCGAGGACAAGCUGGAGAACGCCAAAUAUGCCGUCUCCAUGGCGAGGAAAAUCGGCGCGCGUGUCUACGCUCUCCCAGACGACCUGGUGGAGGUCAAGCCCAAGAUGGUGAUGACCGUGUUCGCCUGCUUGAUGGGCCGGGGGAUGAAGAGGGCUUAACGGACUGGUUGUGCCACUUUGGUAUUGCCACACAACUACCCACAAGCCUUUCGCUUUAUUAAGGGCCACCCGGGAAUGAAGAAAGACAUGUGGAAGAAUUGUUACCAAUAGACAUUUACAGUUUUUUUCUCUUUUUUUUCGGUUUUGUGCUAUUUUCACGUGUGUGGUACAUUUUCAAAACUUUUUGUACAAAACUCUAAACACAGCAUCAUGAUAUCUUCUCAAUUUAGUUAUUUUAACAACCAGUUAAUCCAUUAGCAAACAUGCAAGAUACAUGUUUCAAAAUUGCCCUUUAAAUGUAGUAUGCUACAGGACUGUACAUUACAUUACACUGUUUUCACGUUAGGGAAUACACUUACACUACCCAUCAACAUUUACUGAAAAUCUAAUUUCUAUCCCAUGUGUGUUCAUUCUUUCACAGUCAUUGAUGCAAAAUAUAAAUGUAUUGUUCAGAUAUAAUUACACUAUAGGUGUACUGUAAUCAAAUGAAAGAAACCUAACGUUUAGCAGGYACUAGUUUKCAUCAAGCCAGUUAAGCAUUUCACCAUAGGUUCUCAUUAACACAGUAAAUGUCCUCAUUGUUCAUGCACCUGGGGGAAAAACCUUUUGACAUGGUGAAUCCAAGCCUGACAUAGAUCUGGAAUGAUGUCAUUGCAUGCCUCAUCCAUGGCCUGAAGGAGGGUGGCACACUCAUGGGGAUUGCAAUCAUACACCUUCCACCUGUAUUCUAAUAUUGUGUUGUAUUGGCCCUAUGUGGCUCAGUAAGAGCAUGGCACUAGCAACACCGCAGAGUUUUUGGUUCAAUUCCUAUUGGGGUCACACAGGAAAAUGUGUUGACUCACUGUUGCCACUUUGGAUAAAAGUGCCUGCUCUACCUAAAUGGCAUAUUAUGAAUUACAGUACUGUAUUGACCAAUGCAAUUAUAGUAAAGCAGUGUAACCCCUCCCCCAAUCAAAAAGACACCUGUAAUUUUGGGUACAUAUUUAGGGCAGUGGUGAACAACAUACGGCCGGAGGGAAAUAAUGGACCUUUUUCUGGCCGGCAAAUAGCUUUCGACAAACAAAUAGGUCCUGGAGAAGAAAUCUGCGGCAUUCCGCUGAAUAAAUAAAAAAAGAAAUCUCAAUAUGGCCCUCGACAAUUAUUUAGGGGAUUCAAUUGUUACACACAGUACAUAUCUGGUCUUGUAUAUCUGUUUUUUUACUUACUGUAGAAUAAAAUAAAUGGUCACCAUCAUAGUAUAUUCACACAAUAAGGCACGAACAAGUGUGGUAUAUGGCCAAUAUACCACA